AUGGCACGUCGCCUGCGCUUGCAUUUCGCGUCAAGACGAAGCAACACGGACCCUCUGUCAGAGAGCCUCAGCAGCCAUGGUGAGGAGAGUGGAGUCAGUGUGCCAGCUCGAAGCCCUGCAGAGAUUCUGGCGCACAGUUCUGUCCACUUGAAGGUGACUCCUCUGUCACCAGAGAAUGCUAAUUUACAGCGGUACUCUUCAGUGCUCGUACCCAGGGUUAAUACUGGAGCAUGUAACAGGAAGAGCAUACUGCAGAUCUCCCUGCAGCCUUGUGGAAAGCCCAAUGGAGAGGUAGACGGCAGUAUAGAAGAUGGAGACCCGACAAGCGGUGAAGGAGGAGCAGGUAGCGGCUCUGAGGGAGGCUCAUGCAGCAGUAGCAUGGCAAGUGAUCCUGGGUAUUGUAGCAGCAACAGCAUAUUUGAACCAGAGGCUCCAGAAAAACACAAGACCACUCAGGAGAGAUGUCUGCGCUGCUGCAAGUCCAAGGUUCCCCUGAGACGGUGCUCCUCCUUGGUUAUAUUUCCUAAGAGCCCCUGCACCACCCCACCUGCAUCUCCAGUCAGUCCAGUGGCUCUUCCUGCUCUCCCACCCAUAAAGGGCUCCCAUCAGUCAUCUUUUCAGACAUUUCAGACAUUCUCACAAGAUGAUGAGGAAGUGACUUGCAACGGGUCCAUCGCUGCGCCAGGAAAUGGCCACCGUCUCCCAAAAGGAAGCUGUUCAGCUGAGUUCAGGGAUACUAAACACAUGGUGCAAUUUAAUAUUCCUUUACAGGAUGAACCAAAAUGCAGAAUGGAAGACAGGAGUAAAUUAAUGGAACUGUCAUCAAGUCUUGACAGAUCAAAUCGGCACUCAAGCAGCGUGCUGCUGCAUUUUGCCCACCACAGACCAACGAUACUGGGGAAUGGAGCUACGACUAUGGCUACGGUUAACGUGGGAUAUCCUGAAGCUCCUCACCCAACCACACAUCCAGAGGGUGAACUUGACCCUCGCAAAAAACUGUAUCGCAGUACCUCUGCUUGUUUGUUUUCCUCAACAAAACCAUCAGAGAAAAACCAGAAGGCCUGUUUAUCAGGAAAAGGCCAGGAAAAGCCUGAGGAAAACCAUUGUCAUCGCGCAAUACAAAGGAGCUUUUCCCUGGAAGUUCCCUAUGCUAACACUGGAAUUUCAUGUCAUGUUUCAAAUCCAAAACUCAGUAGCCCUUGCUCCCCUCAUGUUCACAUUCAUUUGUCUCCUUGCUGCCCUGCUAAGUUGCCUAGCUCUGUUACGGAUGUAAACACAAGCCACAAAGAGGAUGAUACACCAAAGAGUCCAAGUCAAAAACACGAGACGCGUGAUGACUUUCUGGGACAGGUGGACAUCCCCUUAAAUCAGAUACCGACAGAAAAUCCUAACACAGAAAGGCCAUACACAUUCAAGGAUUUUCUGCUUCACCCACGAAGUCACAAGUCCAGAGUCAAAGGCCACCUGCGUCUCAAAAUGACCUACCUGCCUAAAAACUCAGGUUCAGAGGAGGAAACGCCAGAACAGACAGAGGAAACAGAUCCUAGUUGGGAGUUUCUAGAAGGCCAGGACAUGUCAGGUCCCCGACAGAGCCAGCUUCUUCCCGCUCUGCCCCCUGGCUGGGAGGAGCGGCAGGACAACCUGGGAAGGACCUACUAUGUCAAUCAUGAGAGCAGAACCACACAGUGGCAACGGCCCACAAUGCAGGACAGUGAUGUUGGGAUGCAAAGAAGACUCAACAAUAAUGUGGAGGAGCAUGCUUUUAUUACACGCAGACAGAUAUCAGACCAUGAAGAGAACGCCACUGGAGAGUCCCCUGAGAGCUGGGAAAUCAUUACAGAGGACGACUCCACCUUGUACCACAGCAGUAACCAGGUCACGUCAUCUACACCUCGUUCACCUGUGCCUGAGUUCCUUGCUUUCGCCGAUGAACUGAGAAACGUUCAUGUUUCAGGGCCCACAGCUGGCACCUCCCAGACAAAUCACACCAGUAAUUCAAGCCAUUCCAGUAUCAGAAGAAACUCCCAGACUUCUACAAGAGAGGAACAUCCCGUUAAUCCUGUGCUGCUUCCAACCUCGACUGGGCUGCCUCCAGGCUGGGAGGAGAAGCGGGACAGUAAAGGCAGACGCUAUUAUGUGAACCACAAUAGCCGAACCACAUCAUGGACACGACCCCUUGUUCAGAGAACCUCAGAGGCAGCAGCAGCCUCAGCAGCAGCCUCAGCAGCAGCCUCAGCAGCAGCCUCAGCAGCAGCACAGAGUAGUCCAGGUUUACCCCAGAGUCCAACUCCACCUCAACCACCUACAUCACCAGAGGAGUCUCCUCAGCACACCCCCAGCCCCGAGGCCACGCACGAAUCUAGCUUCCUGCCAGCUGGUUGGGAGGUUCGCAGCGCUCCGAAUGGAAGACCCUUUUUUAUCGACCACAACACAAAGACGACUACAUGGGAAGACCCCAGACUAAGGAUUCCUGUACACAUGAGGAGAAGAGUCUCACUCGACCCGUCUGAUCUUGGCCCUCUGCCACCUGGUUGGGAAGAGAGGGUCCACAGUGAUGGGAGGAUAUUCUAUAUUGAUCACAACACUAAGACCACGCAAUGGGAUGAUCCUAGAUUACAGAACUCAGCCAUAACUGGACCAGCAGUGCCUUAUUCCAGAGAUUAUAAACAGAAGUAUGAGUACUUCAGGAAGAAGCUGAAGAAACCGGCGGACAUACCAAAUCGUUUUGAGAUGAAACUGAGACGAAACGCUGUGCUGGAGGACUCAUACAGACGCAUCCUCGCAGUGAAGAGGGCAGACCUGCUAAAGGCACGGCUGUGGGUGGAGUUUGAGGGAGAAAAAGGACUGGAUUAUGGAGGUGUAGCAAGGGAGUGGUUCUUCCUCAUGUCUAAGGAGAUGUUCAACCCGUAUUAUGGACUGUUUGAGUAUUCUGCCACGGACAACUACACUCUGCAAAUCAACCCAAACUCUGGUUUGUGUAACGAGGACCACAUCACCUACUACAAGUUCAUUGGGCGUGUGGCAGGCAUGGCUGUGUAUCAUGGAAAACUGCUCGAUGCCUUCUUCAUUCGGCCUUUCUACAAGAUGAUGCUUCAAAAGCCCAUCAUUCUCCAGGACAUGGAGUCUGUUGACAGUGAAUACUUCAACUCCUUGAUGUGGAUUUUGGAGAACGACCCCACAGAUUUGGAUUUGAGGUUCACCAUCGAUGAGGAGCUUUUUGGACAGACUCACCAGCAUGAACUGACGCCGGGCGGUGCAGAGAUAGUUGUCACUAAUGACAACAAGAAGGAAUACAUCCAUUUGGUGAUGCAGUGGAGGUUUGUGAACAGGAUCCAAAAACAGAUGACAGCCUUCAAAGAUGGAUUCUUUGAGUUGAUACCUCAAGAUCUGAUUAAGAUCUUUGACGAGAAUGAGCUUGAGCUGCUCAUGUGCGGUCUUGGAGACGUGGAUGUGAACGAUUGGAGGGCGAACACCAAAUACAAGAACAACUACUGCUCCAACCACAUCGUCAUCCAGUGGUUUUGGAAGGCAGUGCUGUUGAUGGAUGCAGAGAAGAGAAUCAGACUGUUACAGUUUGUGACAGGAACAUCGAGAGUCCCAAUGAAUGGCUUUGCUGAGCUCUAUGGGUCUAACGGGCCACAGCUGUUCACCAUCGAGCAGUGGGGAACACGUGAUAAACUCCCCCGAGCUCACACAUGCUUCAACCGCCUGGACCUUCCUCCAUAUGAGUCCUUUGAGGAACUUCGGGAGAAACUUAACUUGGCCAUCGAGAACGCGCAGGGCUUUGACGGGGUGGAUUAGUGCUUUGGCAGCACAGGAGCUGAACUGACAUUACUACCAUUAGUGUAAAGCCAUGGAACGUGGUUUGGAGACGUUUAUGAGAGAAACAAGGUGUGCGUUGUAUGCGGGUCUGUGCCUGCUGUGUGACAGAUGAAGGACAGUCACACAACCUUCACCAGCAUUUGGAGAUGGCAUGUUAAAUGUGGAAUGCAAGAGGUUUUUAAUCACUCUGCAUGUUCUAAAGUUUACAAACAAAUAUACAAAGAUACACAGUGUAAAUCAGAAACAUGUGACUUUAAAAACCAUUUAAUUUUGGCUGAAUGGACUCAGAAAAAGUUGUAUUCUGGUUCUCACAGCGGGUAUUUGUGAGAAUAUGAGUUGUAUUAUUCAUCCUUAAGUUAAAGCAAAGUGAUCAAGUCCAAACAGCGGAGUGAGACAAGGGUCAUAGUAUGUUUUUAAAUGAAAAGAUGAAGGCAACAAUGUGAAAUAAGUUAUUCCAAAUAGUUAUGAAGUUAACCGCACAACCUGAAUAAAUUUGCAUUUUAAGCCAAAAACACACAUGAAAUUCUUUUUCACUUCACAAUAUUAAAUUUGUAUGUAUAAUUCUCCAUUUUUCAUUCCAUAUUACCGGUAACAUUGAUGCAAGACUCAAAAAUAUGCAUUUGUAGCAGAAAAAGAAUUAAGUAUCAAGCAUUUACACUAAAAGAAUGUGUAUCAUUUAACCACUAUAGUAGUGAUGUAUCAGUAAUAGGACCAGUAAAAACCACUUUAUCCUGUAGUUUGUUUCUGUGAAGUCCACAGAUCUAAAGAAGUGACUAUAUACAGUAUUGGAAUGUGCUGAAAUACUAUGCAUAUUUGUACAUAUUAACUGGAGAUAAUUAAACAUUACUUUAGUUAUAAAAAACAUAAUGUAUAUAAACAAUAAAUUUAACUUUGCCUUCUUUAGAUUGAUGAAAAUUCUGUUAUAUGCUAUUAACAUCCCUUCUAGCUUUCAAAUUGUCAAACAGUGGGUAAUUGGUGCUGAUUUCUUACACCAUGUUUUAUUCAUUCUUAAUAUCCACUGGUACCCAAGUUCAACACUGGCCUUUUCCCAAGGAAUCCAUGAAUGUACAUACACAUUUUCUCUUGUGGCCAGUAGAAACACAAACUAAUGGACUAACCAUAUCGUACAGUUGGAAUACAGUAUGUUAAAUAUACUGUCUUGUUGCCUUUCGUCAUUGAGCGAUAUCCUUUUUUCUUCUACCCAUUAUGGGUGUCUGAUUGCAAGCACAGUGCUCUAUUUUUAAGAGUGCAACUUUAAAAGAUUGUUUUGUUUGUACAGAUUAUUGUCUCUUUUCAAAAUGAGUAGUCACUUGUUAUACCUUUAUAGAAAAGUAACUGUACUUGAGCAGUAGUUUUAACGUUUUUCUGAAUGGUUAAACAUGUGUUUACACUACUUGCCAUGUUUACAGGUCGUUGAUUAAAAAAAGAAAUGGAGGGCUGGUUCUUGUCUCUGACAACACUUUUAUACUUAUGCUUUUAUAAAGUGAAGCACUUUGUUGAUAUCGAUGAGUCUUACUUCUGAUCUGUCUGAAUCUUUGCCAAUCUGUCACCUGCAGACUGCUUAAAUCCCUCUUUAAGAUUAUAAUCCUAUGCUUAAGUGCACGUGUUUAAAUGUUUACAUGUGAACAUUGCUGAAAAUAAGCACAUUCUCCUCUUUCACUUGUAUUUAAAUUUCAGUACAGAGGCCUUUGUAAUGCAUUGUAGAGUCUGAUUAGUUAUUGUUCUUAUCUCUAAAUGGAUGUACUGUUAUAUAUGUGUUAAUGUGAUACUGAUUAAUAGUCAACCUUUUAUUUGUGAUACAUGAAUUUGUUCUGAAAAAAUUUAAUUAUAACACCAAUAAGUGCAUUACAACAACAUGCAUGCUACAUACAGUAUAUCCAGCAUUUUAAAGGGUGGAAUGAACUGUAGCUGUUAAAUCUGAAUUUGAGGACCUAUAGCAAACCAAAUUAAAUAUAUUUGAAAAAAUAAAGAA